CUCUUUCUGAGGGGAGGAAUUUUGGUUGACACCGAAUUCACGGUAGCUUACAUAUGUCACUCCCAACAGUGUCUACUGAAUUUGAUCGAGCGCUACCGACUCGGUUGUUAAAUUCUCCUGUAUUUCGAUCUUGACACCAACAUGAAGCUGUCCCCUCGAGAACGGGAAAGCCUUCUAGUAUCCCAGGUUGGGUGCCUGUCCCAGAGACGUCUCGCCCGGGGGGUGAGGCUCAACCAUCCUGAGGCCGUUGCACUGAUUGCGUCACAGGUCCAAGAGAUGAUAAGGGAUGGGCAUAGUGUCUCGGACCUAAUGGCUAGAGGUCGUCAGCUUUUGGGUUACAGACAAGUUUUGCCGGGAGUAGCGGGCAUGAUUGGAGAUGUUCAAGUGGAGGGAACCUUUCAGGACGGAACAAAAUUGGUGACUGUGCACAAGCCGAUAUGUCGAAAAGAUGGCGACCUUGAACUUGCUUUAUAUGGAAGUUUUCUCCCGGUUCCCAGUUUGGAUGUGUUCGAUAAAAAUCUUCCUAAAGAUGAGGCCUCUGACAAGUCAGUUGACGCCCCUAUCGACGUGGUUCCUGGUGAAAUGUUUGUUUCUUCUGGUGAACUUGAACUUAAUCAAGGUCGUAAGACUGUGACACUCCAAGUAACAAGUACCUGUGAUAGGCCAAUACAGGUCGGUAGUCACUAUCACUUUCUUGAAGUCAAUAAGUACUUGGCUUUUGACCGUGGUGCUGCUUUUGGAAUGCGACUUAACAUACCUGCGGGGAACGCAGUCAGAUUCGAACCCGGUGAGACCAAGUCUAUCAACCUCGUGGAAGUUGGUGGUGAAAAAGUAUUAAGAGGAGGCAAUGCUCUCUGUGAUGGUCGAAUGGACCCAGAUAGAUUGAAUUCUAUUCUUAAGAAAGUGAAGGAUGGUCAGUUUCAUCAUCAGCCCCAGCCUGACGCUAAGCCAUCCCCAAAGAAAAGUUUGAUAACUAGACAGCAGUAUGCAUACAUAUACGGACCUACCGUUGGAGAUAAGAUACGAUUGGGCGAUACGAGCUUGAUAAUUGAAGUAGAGAAGGACUUCACUGUGUAUGGAGAGGAGCUGAAAUUCGGAGGAGGAAAGGUUAUGAGGGAGGGGAUGGGACAGGCGGCCAAUCGAUCGAACAGUAGCUGGGAUGUCCUCGACACUGUCAUCACUAAUGCUCUCAUUCUGGACGCUGUCACUGGAAUCGUGAAAGCGGAUGUUGGAAUUAAGGAUGGGAAGAUAGCUGGGAUAGGAAAGGCAGGGAAUCCUGACAUCAUGGAUGGAGUCACACCGGGACUGGUAGUAGGUGCGGGAACAGAAGCCAUUGCCGGAGAGGGGCUCAUCCUGACCGCCGGGGCUCUCGAUGCCCAUGUUCAUUUCAUCUGCCCUCAGUUGGUGCGAGAAGCAGUGGCAUCCGGAGUUACCACGAUGUUUGGAGGGGGUACUGGUCCAGCCACGGGCUCUAAUGCUACCACGUGUUCCCCUGGACCUAACCAUAUUAGAGAUAUGUUACAAAGCACAGACGCUUUCCCACUGAAUUUUGGAUUUACAGGGAAAGGUAACUCUUCCUUUUCUGGCGAUAUAGCCUCAGACCUGGAGGAACAGGUGAUUGCUGGUGCCCUAGGGUUGAAGCUACAUGAGGACUGGGGAACUACACCUUCAGCAAUUAACACGUGUUUAAAAGUUGCUGAUAAAUACGAUGUGCAGGUGACAAUCCAUACAGACACACUUAAUGAAUCUUCAUGUGUGGAACAAACCAUUGAGGCAUUUAAUGGCCGGACGAUCCACACGUAUCACUCGGAAGGGGCAGGAGGAGGCCAUGCUCCUGAUAUUAUCCGCGUGUGUGGAGAACGCAACGUCCUCCCUUCGUCCACCAACCCAACUCGACCCUACACCGCCAAUACCAUUGAUGAACAUCUAGACAUGCUCAUGGUCUGCCACCAUCUUGAUAAAAAUAUCAAGGAAGAUGUGGCAUUUGCAGAAUCUCGUAUCCGGGCAGAGACUAUCGCAGCUGAAGACAUUCUACAUGAUAUGGGCGCUAUUAGUAUAAUGGCGUCAGACUCACAGGCAAUGGGCCGAGUUGGGGAGGUGAUCUGUAGGACCUGGCAAACGGCAGACAAAAUGAAGCUGUUCAGAGGAAGAUUGGCUGACGAAAAAGGUGAAAAUGACAACCUCCGAGCAAAGAGAUUUAUCGCAAAAUACACCAUAAAUCCUUCCCUAGCCCAUGGAAUGUCUCACCUUAUUGGUUCUAUAGAGAAAAAGAAAAUGGCUGAUCUGGUAUUGUGGAAUCCAGAGUUCUUUGGGGCCAAACCUGAAAUCAUCAUAAAAGGGGGCCAAAUUGCGUGGGCUCAGAUGGGUAUGCCAAAUGCGUCAAUUCCAACCCCUGAACCGAAGAUGCAGAGAAAAAUGUUUGGGGCAUAUGGCAAGGCAAUAGGAGCCCACUCUGUUGUAUUUGUGUCACAGGCAGCGGUGGACAAGGGUGUAGUGAAGAGGUAUGGCCUGAGUAAGGGCAUUGAAGCUGUUCGAAGAUGUCGGGACAUAAGUAAGGACGAUAUGGUCCUUAACAGUUUCCUUCCCGUUAUAACAGUUGACCCAUGUUCCUACAAAGUGAUGGUCAAGGCUUCGGACAGUGAGGAUGAGCCUGUCCAUUUGACCUGUCCUCCAGCACGCAGACUCGCACUUGCGCAGAGAUACUUCCUGUUCUAGUCUGCUACACAUUGAUAUUACCCUGAUAAACAGACAAAACAUCAUUGGAAAUAUUUUAUUUUACCCAAGUUUAUCAGUUAGAUUAGGAAUGAAAUCAGUAGAAGGAAGUGGUGGGCUUGAGUCAGUAUAAGGACCGUUAACAAAUUUGACUUUGCACGAGGAUUUCCUUACAAUUGCAGGACGCGUUGGCAAUCAAACAUGCCAAUACCAGAAGCAUACACUCCAGAUAUUAAUUAUUACACUGUGUUAUAAUUUUUUCUCUAACAGCUUCAAUAACGAGAUAAUAUAUUUACACAGUCUGGUAGGGUAGCUUGUGAAAAUCACUUUCAUCUACAAAUAUACAUAUUUGCUUAAUCCAUGAAUUGGUUAGUAUGACAAAGUCAUCAAACUAUAUUAUUGAUAAUAUGUACCGUAAUUUCAUACAUAUUACCCGCACCGGUGUAUAGCCGAGUAUGCAAAAUAAGGAUUUUGUAAAAUUAAUAUAAGAUAAUUCGCAUUGGUAGAUUGUCCGCGGGUGAUACAAGGACUCAGUUUAUAUGGACUUCUUAUAGUAUAUCUUAACAAUUAUACUAGUACAAUUUAUGUUUAACGCUAUAACCUGUCUCUGUUAUUGGACGUUUAAUCAAAGGUUAUAUAGGAGCCUGAAGUUGAUUCCGAGUUCCGUUUAAACGGAACUCGGAAAUGGUUUCUAGUUCCAUUUUACUUAAACGGAACUCGGAAUAAACUUCAGACUCCUAAGUUAUAUAGUAAUGUCUAUAAAUAGACAAAAUAGCGAUACUAUGGCCACUUUUCUAUUACAAUAUUAGAGCGUAGACUCAAUAUAACACAAAUAAUCAUCUAUACAUUAACGUUGACAGCAAUAUCAAUUAUGAUUAUUACGCCAGACAAUGUAUAUGGUCGCAUACUCACGUUUUUAUUCGAAUAUUUACACCUAUUAACGUCAAGUGAUGCUGUUCAAACAUUUAAUUUAACCGUAAGACAGGAUCCGUCCACUAAUUUUACUGGAAUCAUUAUGUUACCUUACACCAUUAUGAUCAAACAUCUUCAUAACGAGGAAUGUUCGAAGCAACACACGAAAUAAGAUUUGUUAACUUUAUUUGUUGCAUAUAAUUAUAUGGAAUCUGAUUUCCGCAGUUCUUUCCGCGUUUCCGAAUGGUGAGUUAGUCAAAGAAAACAACCAAAAUAUUUAUGUAAUUAACGAUCAGGCCUCAAUGACGUUUGAAUGUUAUUCAUUUUUAGGCCACCUGAGCUGAAAAAACACAUUCAAAAUUGUUACUUUGGGUCACAUUUUAAAGAACCCGCUUUUGUAAAGUUGUGUGCAACGUUUUAAGGUCAAAUAAUCAAAAAUAACUUGGAUAUCGCACUUUGAAAAAUCUUUCCCGCCAAAAUUCAAAAUUAUCCAAAACUCCAAAUGGUUUUUUUUUCAAUACUCUGACACACCACACUUGAUAAUUAGCACACAUCUACGGUAUGAGUUGCUGACUGCAAUUAUUAUGCAAAUAGUUGAUCUUUGAUCAUCAUAGUUGAAGAUCACAGUUACCAAAUGACCGGUCAAAGAAUGGAAGUGAAGAGAAAACGAAGAGAAAACAUAGGUAUAGCAUGUAAAAGCAACCGUCAGAUGGAUAACAUAUCGGAGAUUAUUUCCUGGAUGGCAAUCCCGUGUUUUGGGUCAAGCUGACUGAAUAUUCCAAAAUCUUCUCAAGGCCCAGAUUUGGUAGAAUCAAAUACUCUUUGUUGAUGGGAGGGGCUUAAGGCGUUUUAAUAAAAAUUGUGAAAUUCGUGGCCCUAGGUAUCCUGUUUCUCCUUAAGUUUUACUAUACUUUAUGUAGGAAAAUCACAUUCUAAUGGAAAUGAUUCAAAAUUAGUUAGAAUUAUGAGGAGUGUUAAAACUUUACUAUUACUUAUAUAGGAUCUGUUUAGAAAUACAUUAUAAAAACAUCAAAAAUAGUUACAUGUUUAAGACUCGGGUGACUGUUAAGGCCCAUGGGCCUCUUGCUAUUGAUAGGUACCAUGUAAAUACAAAAUAAAGGCUUGUUUUUUUUAUUUACAUUAUGACACUUUUACUGUAACGACUUGGUGGAAUGAUAUACGCGACGCAAAAUAUGCAUACACUUGCCCAGAACGAAAUGAAACUAUUCUGGUAAAUCCAAAGAUACAAUAUCAUUAUUGUCUGUGCAUUGUCCAUUGUCAACUUGCACGAUGAUAUUAACCGCAAGUUUUACUUGUUACGUUUAUAAGUUCGCUGUUACAGUGAUAUACAAAUGUUAUCCUCUACGAUUAAUAAUGCAUUAAGCUUUGAACAUUUUUCUGGAAAAUAAACUUGUUAAUCUUGUUGAAUAAUGGUGUUGUAUAUCUAUUAUCUAUAAGUAUAGUAAUCUCACAGCUUUGAAUUAUUUGCAUCAAAAUCCUGCAGCAAAUGCAUAUACAUGUAUGAUGUUCACACAUACAUAUCUAUAUGUACUUAUCUCUUCAAAAACAUUACAGAA